UCUGGACCUCCUCGUCCGACGCUUUGGCAGAACAUCCAUUCAUUCUUCCCUGGGACGGGUUUCUCAUAUCCUCCACUCAACUUCGUCCCCAUAUUCGCUCCCUACCCCGUUCCCCUGCCUCUCCUGGAAGAUAAUGAGGGUGCGCUAAUCGCUGUUUCACCGCCUGCACGACCUACAACUAAACAUUGGGACCUGACCCGCCCUUACUCGAUCAUUGACUCCGACGUCACUUCAACGGGGUUUAGUUCCUAUACACAGAGUGUGAGAUAGAGAGUCUCAGCUGCUGCAAUUCCUGCAGCCCGUCAUCAUGAGCUACAUGAAGAAAGAUGAAGACGCCGACCAGACUAUGAUCAAGCUGGAUCGGACCUCCGUCUUCCAAGAUGCCCGACUGUUCAACACCUCCCCGAUCUCUCCGCGACAAUGUCGUACCCUUCUGACCAAGAUUGCGGUCCUCCUUUUCACCGGGGAGCAAUUCCCCACGAACGAGGCGACUACGCUGUUUUUCGGUAUUUCCAAGUUGUUCCAGAACAAAGACCCAUCGUUGCGGCAAAUGGUAUAUCUCGUUCUGAAAGAGCUUGCCAACACUGCCGAGGAUGUUAUUAUGUCGACUAGCAUUAUCAUGAAAGAUACCGCCGUCGGUAGCGAUGUGCUCUACCGGGCGAACGCUAUCCGUGCUCUGUGCCGCAUCAUCGAUGCGACGACUGUGCAAGGUAUUGAACGAUUGAUCAAGACCGCAAUUGUUGACAAGACCCCCUCGGUCUCCUCCGCCGCCCUGGUCUCUUCGUACCACCUCCUCCCGAUCGCCCGUGAUGUUGUCCGCAGAUGGCAGAGUGAAACACAGGAAGCAGCAUCGUCCGGAAAGCAAUCGACUGGAUUCCUUGGGUUUGGUGGCAGCUCUACCCAUGCCAUCUCGCAGUCGAACUUCAUGACACAAUACCACGCAAUUGGCCUUCUCUAUCAGAUGCGCUCGCAUGAUCGUAUGGCUCUUGUGAAGAUGGUUCAGCAGUAUGGUGCUGCUGGUGUGAUCAAGAGCCCGGCUGCACUUGUCCUGCUGGUGCGGUUAGCAGCGAAGUUGGCAGAAGAAGACCAGAGCUUGAGAAAGCCUAUGAUGCAGAUGCUUGAUGGCUGGCUCCGACACAAGCACGAAAUGGUCAACUUCGAGGCGGCGAAGGCUAUCUGCGAUAUGAGGGAUGUUACCGAUGCCGAGGCCUCUCAAGCUGUCCAUGUCCUGCAAUUGUUCCUGUCCUCUCCCCGGGCGAUCACCAAGUUCGCAGCUAUCCGCAUUCUUCAUAACUUCGCAACAUUCAAGCCCCACGUGGUGAACGUUUGCAACCCUGACAUCGAAUCGUUGAUCUCAAACUCCAACCGCUCCAUUGCUACUUUCGCUAUUACCACGCUGCUCAAGACUGGCAACGAGGCCAGUGUCGACCGUCUGAUGAAGCAGAUCUCAGGCUUCAUGGCUGAUAUCACCGACGAGUUUAAGAUUACUAUUGUUGAGGCUAUUCGCACGCUGUGUCUGAAGUUCCCCAGCAAACAGGCCGGCAUGCUUGCAUUCCUGAGCGGCAUUCUGCGGGAUGAGGGUGGAUAUGAGUUUAAGCGGAGCGUCGUCGAGAGCAUGUUUGAUCUGAUCAAAUUCGUUCCUGAGAGUAGGGAAGAUGCUCUCGCCCAUCUCUGUGAGUUCAUUGAAGACUGUGAAUUCACCAAACUGUCCGUUCGGGUUCUGCACCUUCUUGGUGUAGAAGGCCCCAAGACUUCCCAUCCUACCAAGUACAUUCGCUAUAUCUACAACCGAGUUGUUUUGGAGAAUGCAAUUGUACGAGCUGCUGCGGUGACAGCCUUGGCCAAGUUUGGCGUUGGACAGAAGGACCCAGAAGUGAAGUCAAGCGUUUCCGUUCUUCUCACACGCUGUCUUGAUGACACUGAUGAUGAAGUGCGUGAUCGUGCUGCUCUCAACCUCCGUUUAAUGGCCGAGGAGGAUGAAACAGCGUCGCUUUUCCUUAAGAACGACUCUAUGUACUCUCUUUCCACAUUCGAGCACCAGCUCGUGAUGUACGUGACAUCGACGGAGAAAGAGACGUUUGCCGCGGCAUUUGACGUCUCUACGGUCCCGGUUGUUACUCAGGAGCAAGCCCUGGCCGAAGAACGGACCAAGAAACUCACGACUGCAACCCCCACACUCAAGGCUCCAUCCACCGGUCCCCCGAAGAGCAAGGCCAAUGGUGUUGCCGAAGCCGCGACCGUUGCUGCCACCCAGAAGUACGCCGAGGAGCUUAUGCGGAUUCCAGAGCUCAAGGAGUAUGGCACCUUGCUCAAAUCUUCUGUUCCCGUCGAACUUACCGAAAGCGAAACGGAGUACGUCGUCACGGCGGUCAAGCAUAUCUUCAAGGAACACAUUGUGGUGCAGUACGAUAUCAAGAACACUCUGCCGGAUACUGUUCUAGAGGAUGUCACUGUUGUUGCAACGCCCUCCGAGGAAGAUGUUUUGGAAGAGGAGUUCAUCGUGCCCGCCCCCAAGCUUGCGACAAACGAGCCCGGAAUUGUAUAUGUUACGUUUAAGAAACUUGCUGGCGAGAACAGCGUACCAGUCACAUCAUUUACAAAUAUUCUGAAGUUCACUAGCAAGGAGAUUGAUCCUACAACUGGUGAGCCUGAGGACAGCGGAUAUGAGGACGAGUACCAGGUCGAAGAUCUGGAGCUCACGGGCAGCGAUUAUGUUAUUCCCACUUUUGCUGGCAGCUUCGAUCAUGUCUGGGAGCAGACUGGUGCAAACGGAGAGGAAGAAAGCGAAACUCUGCAACUUAGCAACAUGAAGGGCAUAUCAGAUGCCACCGAACAAUUAAUCUCCGCGCUAUCUUUGCAACCUCUUGAAGGAACUGACGUCGCCCUCAGCAACAGCACACACACGCUCAAGCUAUUCGGAAAGACGGUAUCAGGUGGCCGGGUUGCAGCCCUGAUCAAGAUGGCAUUCUCCAGCAAGACCGGUGUCACAACGAAGAUUACCGUUCGGGCGGAGGAGGAAGGCGUCGCACCGGCUGUGAUUGCAUCCCUUUCCUAAGGUUGUAAAUUGUAAAUGGUAAUGGAGGAGGUUGUCAUGUCAGGAGACCUACCCCUGCAACGAGUCCUGCAUUAUGAGAUCGGACUUGUUUCGUUUGUUCCUUUCCCAAUUUUUGAUAAUCCAGAUGUCAAGCUAGAUUUGAUGGCUUCUCUUUUAUUCUAUCCCCUUUAACCCUUUCUUUGUAGGUCUCUAAACUGCUUUUCUUUUUU